AGUGUGUACUCUUAUGUUUUGUGACAGGUGGUAAGUGGAGACAGUGCAGUUUUAUAACCGACGGUUACCCAUAAAUCAUUAGAAAUUAAUUCAAAUUUUUUUCUACGAUACCUACCUAAUAAUUUCACAUGAUGUAUUCAAAGAUCACGGUUAGGAGAUUGAUCGACCUCAAAUUCUUGAAAGUAAUAAUUAUUUAAAUAUACAUAUAUUAUAAUUAAUUAAUUUUUUAUUAGUAUUUUUUCAUAAUAAUUACUGAAGAUGAUGGUGUGAUUGGAAAUAAGUUUUAAUUUUCGAUUAUUUACGUUAUGAGUACGGAAUACGGACGUAGGGUAGUAGAUAGAACUAUCUACGUGUAUAGAACCGUGGUUAUGGGUUAUUACCACGGCCUUAGAAGUUAGAAGUUAAGGUUGGAAAACUGAGCUAACAAACUCGAUCGCUUAGAGUUAGUUUAAUACCUAGGUAUCUAUUUCAUUCAAAGGCGCAACGGGCGUAAAUGAGUAUUUUAAGGUUAGGUUGAAAAAUUAAUAUUAAUCAUUUUAACAAUUAAUAUUAUUAUUUAUUUACAAACAUGAGAUAUAAAAAAAAUCAAUAAUAUAAAUUUAAUAAAAUCGUAAAUUUUGAACAUUUUUAAUAAAUUUAAACAUUUGAAUAUAACCGUAAUAAAGUUCGGUUUGAAGCGCUCCUAGACCAAAAGCGGUAAUUAAGUGAACUAAAAUACCCUCUUUAUUCUCCAAGUGAUCGUAAAAUGAACAGGAAAUAACCAGUGUUCCGAUUUUAUCUACUUUGGCUAUGGUUAUGAUGAUUUGCAUUAUUUAUUUUUUCAUAUUCAUCUGAAAUAUGCGCGCUGUACCCACGACCGAUUCAUGAAUUUCCUGAUAACGUGCCAUCACUGAAUACGGACGUCAUAUUGUUUAACCGUUACAUCUUAGCUAGAAAAGUAAAACCUAUGAAUUAUGAAUACCAACUUUGGUACCAAUCACUCGAGAUUCUAUAGUUGUUUAGCUCCUCACAAAAAAAGAGGGUAUUUAUCAUAUUCUGGGUAGAUAAUCUAAUACUAUAACCGUUCGCAGACUAUUAAUAACUAGUUCGACAUUUUACAAAAUAGCUAAUCAAGCAUUUCAAAAGUUCAUUGGUCUAGGUUCCUAUCUGUAAACGAUAAUAAUAUUCAAGUGCUAUUAAAACUUAUUUAAUUGACUAGAUGUUAUUGAUGUUUAAGUGUGUUGUGUUUAUUCACGUGGUCAUAAAUUCUAUCAUAAUAGAAUCGAAUAUAUAUACUAUAUAGGUAUUACUAUAUACUAUUACACACAUAUAAGCAUGGAAUAUAUGAUAAAUAAUCAUAUAUAUUAAUCAUGGAUUAUGUUUAGUUGAUUAUUUACUGUGAAAUAUAAAUACAAAGAUGAAUUGGCAUAAUGAAGUUUGGCAUUAACACAUCGAUCUCUAUAUUGCCAAGAAUUACCUAGAGCCAGGUGAGAAAUCACGGUGGGUCCUAGGGAUAAACUAAUUUCUCCUACUGUAAAAUAUUAAACUUACCACUAACACCCAGCGUCGUCCUUAAAAAUAUUAAUAACAAAGAAGGUUUAAGGUAUAAUGUAUUUAAAAGCAUAAUUCAUAUUGUUAGUAACACACAUACCUAUUAUAGUACAAAGUAAUUUAUAAAUUAUCAACAAUUAUUUUUUAAUACAACAUAAUAUACUUAUUGAUUUUUAAAGUAAAAUAUUAUAUAAUUAAACUACAAAUAAUUUUUAUAUUAAUGUUUAAAUUAGAUAAAUUAUAAGACCUGGUUGCUUUGGUUGGACUUGGGCCCUAAGGUUACAGUCUCGGCUGAUUCCCCCCCCCCCAUUCUGUUCAUGCUGGAAUCACCUAUAUAUAAAACAUUCCAUAAAACGUUGAAUAGAUCUUACAAUUAUACAAUUAGAAAAUAAGAUAUUACAGGUAGUUUAUAGUUUCUAAGUUCAAUAUCAAAUGAAAAACUUAUAUACCAAUUUAUAUCGAAACCUAUUAUUAUAGUCUGUACAUGGAUUGAUCGGUUUGGCGAUCUAUUAUAUUAUCGAGCAUCCGAGCUUAGUCAUGGCCUAUGGGUCUACCCAUAGGUGAAGUCAAGCUUUUCUUACAAUGGGUACGAUGCCUUAUUUGAGAGAUUCAGACUAUACUUUAGUAGCCCUAUUUUUUUAAAUUUGUGUUUUUCUUACCAAAAAUGUAAAAUACCAAUAACCGUUUCUACUGUUGUCCGGCCGUCUGAGAUAUGAUAUUGAAAUAUAAAUGAUUAUUACCAUGACUAAAUAAACAUUAUCUUGGUGCACAUUAAAACUGAUGUCACACAGAGUAGGUUUAUCUUUGUGUUUGUAAUUUGUACAGAUUAGUUAAUAAUAUGAUAAUAAGAAAAAGAAAUAGCGGAUUAAUACAAAUUAAUAAGAGUAUCUUUAUUAUAAAAUAUUUUAUGUUUAACAGUUUUUAAUUAAUUUAUUUAUUAAUUUAGUCACAACAAAUAUUAAAAAUUCAAAUAGGCAUGAACAAUAAUAUAAAAUAAUGAAAUAAAAAAUGACUUUUUUAAUGUUGAUAAUAAUUUUAAUAUUUAGUUUUUUUUGGUAUUAUCAAAUAAAUAUGCCUUUUUUUAUCCCGUAAUGUUGUCCAUUAGUCAAUUGUUUUAUGCAACACCAUAUGUAUUUUACAGAAUUAUUAAAACUUAUAUUAAUUAUUUAAUUAACAUACUUAUGUUAACACAUGUUUAAUAUUUAAUGUUAAUUAUGCAUUAAUUAUUUAUUUAAAUUUAUUAAUACUAAAUGUGGCCACUAUAUUUUUCAAAUCUACGAGAAUCGGUAUAGUGACAAACGAUUUAAUUACUUAUGAUCACGCUGAUAACUGAAAUGGAUUAUGUUUAUAGCACGGUUAUUAUCUAUAUCCGUGGUCUAUAUACUAUAAAUUUUGUAUUAUUUUGAAGAAUAAUUAAUGAUAACAUUUCUUGCUGGGGUAGAGAGAUAUUUAAAGCAGCCUAUCUCUUAUCCAUAGUCUCUGCCCUUAUUUUAUUAAUAUAGAAGUGACCUAUCCUUAAACGAGAAAAUAGGUACAAUGUUAAACAAAUGAACGGAAAUCUGACUGGAAAGGUACUUUAGGGAGAUAAUUUUUCGAUUUUCCUAGUUUUCCCAAUAAAUAGGAAAAAUCUGGAAAAAACAUGAAAAAUCGGUACAAUAUUAAAUACUUAAACAAGUAUUAUUAAAGAAAAUAAAUAAUGCAUAUGUAAUUAUUUUACUUUAAUAUGACAAAGUAUAUGGUUGAUAAAGAAACACUAUCAACAGAACUCCGCUCAGAAUCGUUUUUUCGAGAACAAAGGUUAAUUGUUGCUUAUAGAUUACAUCAAAUUUUCUCUUUAUUGUGUACCUUCUCUACUUCUCACCUACAAAAGUAGUUCACCCACGUGCUAAGUAUGUCCGUUUUUUGUAUUAUUAAAAAUAAUUUAAGAUAUUAUUAAUAAUCACUUAAAACGCCAUUAGCUAAUAAUUUAAAAAGUGUAUGAUAUAAUUUAUUACACAUUGGAUAAAAUAAAACGAUAAGAACACGGUAAUUUUACUACCUAUCGUACAUAAGUCACUCAGUCACUAAAAGCGCGCUCUAUGUUUGACCGCGUCAUAAACGUGCAUAGCUUGCAUAGAUAAUUAUUAAAUUUAUAUUAUAUGCAUAUAUAUUUAAAUAAUACAAUUUAUUUUCUAUGAUAGCUUGUCUAUUAGUAUAAAGGUCUGGGCUCUAGGUGACGCAUUUUGCAAACAGACACACUGAUGAGUGGUGAGUGUGAACCGAAAACACGACAGUAGGUUGGGGGUAAUAUUGGACACAAUUGAUUAUAACACACGUAACUCCAUCUAUAGUGGUGAACUAGUAUAUGAUCUAAAUUCUAAGGGCCUAUAUAUUCUUGGUUGUAUCAUUUAUGGUGGUGACGGCCGACCAGCCAAUAGAAUAUAUUAGAUAGUAUUUCAAUAUACGAGUAAUACCUAUACAUUUCGUAUCAUAUUAAAUUCCUUGUAAUACACGGUUAUCUACUGUAGAUUACGAGUUAAGGUCCGUAGACACUGCAUCGGUAAGUCAAGUAGUGGCACCAAAGUGUUUAAAAUAUAUUAUGAUAUCGUACAUCAAGGGACCUCCAAAUUUUUUUAUAAUUUAACAAUUGUGAACUAAAGCACCAAAAAAAUCUAUAUCCAUUUAUAAGGCAUUGAGUGUGCCCUCCAGGUAUAAAAUCUACUAUAGAUAAAUUAGAUGAUCGGCGUCACUGAACUCAAGUAAUUUAAAAUAAUUUGUAUUUUAGAUUCCGAGAGUAGCGUAUUGGUUUUACAAUAUUUAUCUUUAUUUUUUAGAAAACAUUUUUCAACCAGCAAUUUUCUUCCAAUUUUAAAGUAUAGAAUUUUUUCUGAAAGAAAAUCUGACUUAAGUGGUAUUAUAAGGAAGUAAUUUUUUGAUUUUCUCAUGAGUUUUCCCAAUAAAAGGCAAAACCGGGAAAAAACAAGAAAAUUGGAAAAAUUUAUGACGUGUUUUUUUUUUUUAUUUUGUUUCAGUUAAAAAUAUUAUUUGUAGAGACUUGAAAUUUGAACAAAAACUUAUAUCUGCUUUUCUAGACGUGAUCAAAUUUUCAUUAGGUAAAAAAAAAAAUUGAGGGUAAUGUAGAAUUUUUAUUUUGUACACAUUUUAAUAUCAAAGAUUGAGGAAAAUCGUCUUAGUAUAAAAUAUUAUUAAAGAAAAUGCAAGAUGCAUAUUAUAUAUAUAUAUAUAUAUUUAUUGUACCAUAAUAUGACACAUAAGGAACACCAUUAACCGAACUCCGCUCAAAAACGUUUUUCGCUAGAAAUGGUACAGAUAUACGUAUAUUAAAUUUCCUCUCUACCUUCCCAACUUCUUACCUACAACAGUGGCCCACCCUUCGUGCCAAGUAUGUCUGUCUUUUUAACAGUGCUUUGGUGCCUUGAUUAUUCAUAUCAUAUAUGGAUUGUUUGACUCUAUGUGAUUGUAUAAUCUAUAUGUAUCUAUCUAUAUGUAUUUUAUUUUUUAAUUUUGUUAAUUGUUAUACAUAUUAUAUAUUCCCGAUAUUUUAUAUUUACAAUAAAUUAAGAUUAAUAUUUCAAACAUUUGAUCAAUUAUCAUUUAUCACUAGGGUAUGGAUUUUAAUGCAAAUAGUAUUUUUUUCUGAAUGUCUUAAAGCAAUGUUUUAAAAAUCAAAUGUAAAACUUUUAUUUUGCAUACAAGGCAUUUUUAGAGCAUUUAAAUCCGCACUCUAUUAAUAACCAAUAAUUUAUUUAUUUAUUUUUAAAAUUUACUGGCGUAUUUAGUACGGGUUUUUAAAUUCAUAUUUUAAAUAUUAUGAAAAAAAAACCUACUUUUGACUUUCAUUCAAAUUAUUGUUUUUCAUUUUCACUAAGUUAGAAAUUUAAUUUCAGAAACCUACUUGUACUCCUUCUAAUUUAAUUAGCUUUUAUAUUGAAGUAACUUACUUUUAACUAAUUGAAAAUUUGUUUUACUUGUCCAGCUUUGCUUAAAGCACUCAAUUUUCAUCUCCCACAAAACAUUAUAAAAAAAUUAUAUUAAAGUACUUAAUUUUUUGUUUAAAAUUUUAAGUACUUUAAUAUAAUUUCUUAAUGAGUGAAGUUCAUAAAAAGGUAACAUAUUGAACACAAUAUAAUAUUGUAAUUUGUAUUAGGUAGGUACUAUAAAUUAUAAUCAAAGGUCGAGAUUUUGACCUUACCUUACAGCUACGAUUGAGACGGCCUAUUAACUGUGAUAAACGAUUAACCGAUAAACAAUUAUCAUGUAUUAAUCCGACAAUCUUGGAAAUAAUAUUGUGGUUAUUCGUACAAAAUAUUAUGAAAUUUAUGAAUAUUGUAUUCUUCUAUAAUAUAAUAUAGGGACCGUGGUUUUUAUAUUUUACUAGCUGUCCUGCACGGCAUGGCCCAUGAUAUUUAAAUGUUUAAUAAAAACGAUUUUCCCUAGAUUACUUGUUUCAAUUUCUGUCACCAUUAACCAUGCAGUUAACUGCAAAAAAUUUAAAGAUUAAAAAUAAGAUUGUCAUUUGAAAAAUCAAAGAAGAUAUAUAUGUUUUAUGUACCUAUGUCUUAUGUAUGUACAUAUAACCCACCCACCCAUUCUGUAAUAGCCCAACCAAUAGCUAAUAUCUUAUACAAAUGUAUAACAAAUAGGUAUAAUUUCAAUUAUUUGAAUAUUAUACAAUUAUUCCUAUAAAAUUAUAUACUUACUACCCAGCCACCUUAUUUAGUUGGUUCAUUUGAACCACCUACAGUACCUACGUACUUGGCGGCAAUUGGAGACCUGUAUUUUUCAAAAAAUUUUCAUAAAAAUGAAUUUUUUUGUUACGUAACUUACCUAGUUUAGUUUCCAUUGUUUGAACUCUAAAGUUAAGUUUCACGAACACCUAAUUAUAUAAACUGUCCGGUUGGCAAUAAAUUAGUUUUUUUAUCAUAGUUCUUUACUCUAUUUACCUAUACUUAUUUUGUCAAUUAUUGUAUAUUAUAUAGCUAUAUUAAUUAGGUGAAUGAUGAUUUAUACUUUCCAGUCCAGAUUAAGACAUAGAGAAGCCCUAAGGCUAAACUUUUUAAUGAGAAUAAUAAAAAAAUAGUGCCAAUACUGAGUAGGGGUGUGUAACUGUUGUAUGUGAAAAGUUAGGAAGAUAUUAGUACCUAUUCUAUAAUCUAUAAAUACGUUUCGUAAUAUAUAAUCUUUAUUUUGUGUAUGUGAUUACCAGGGCUAAGAUUUUAUAUCAUUUGCUAAAUAUUAUAGGAUACAGAUAAAAAUAGCAAUGUGAGAUUUAAAUUUUGUUUUAUGCGCCAGGGACUCCAAAUAUGAAAUUUAUAUAACUAUUUUUUUUACAUAUUUAAAGUAUUUAAGACUUUAAGUGCUAUUUGUAAAUUUGUUGAGCUGUUUUUUGCUAAUAUGUAUAAUAUAUAAAGAUUUAUUUUGUAUUUUUAAUAAAUAAUAAAAAAAAUCUUUCAUUUAUGUGAAUCCAUAAGAAAAAUACCUACAUUUUCAUUUCAUAUUAUAAUUUAUUUUUAAGUAGCUCUGCGUAUUGUUUCAUUGAACAGUUUAAAUUUAUGACUUCUUUCGUCUAUUUGUAUAUUUAAAAAAAAAAAAUUCUAUUUAGUUAUUUUUCAUGUUUUUUUUAUGACAUACUAAAACUAAUUUUAAAAAUUUUAGGCCAUGUAUAGCGCUUAUUUUAAGAUGUGUUAGGUCAUAUUAUAGCGCAUAUUUGAGUUAUUUUCAGUGCUAUAAAAUCCACUGGUGAUUACAUUACGGGGAUAAAGGUGGUUCUUCCCAGAAUCCUAAACAUAAUCAUAUUUUGCGCUCCUAUGAUGAAUGCUACUUUCAUUGAAAGCAACGUUUAGUGAUAGAUAUAAUAAUAAGCAAAUUUUCCUCGAGAGAUUGUCUUCAAACAAUUUCCGCCGGUUUCAUCGUCCAUCGGAGGCAUAUUUUUGAGCCAUAUUCCUAGAGUCAAAAAUAAAUUCAAGACUAAAUGUAUUUUAUUUUUUUACUUUUCAUAUUGCAUAUUUAUAGUCAAUUAUUUUAAUGCAAUUGAACAACCGCGUUGAUCGUAUUUAAUAGAAUGUAUUCUAUUAUAGAUACCUACAACAAUAUAUAGGUAGAGUUGAGCAAAUACUCGACUUUUCUUAACUAUUUGUUUUAGCCCCUAAACAUAUAAAUUAUAGAGUUAAAUUUUAAUAGUAUACAUAUGAAUAUAAAAUAAGAUCUAAAAACCCUAGAAGCUGAAGAUUGGGAAGAGAUAGUUUAAAAUAGGGACAGAUGUCAACGUGUAGUAAUGAUGGCAAAAGUUCUAAGAUAGUAAUUAUGUCAGAAGGAAAAGAAGAAUAAGAGAAGUAGUUGUCAUUCAUAUAUAUAGUGUUUCUGCAAUUCCAAUGUACAUAGUAAAUUUUCAGAAACUCGUAUAAUUUCAAAUACCUACUUAAUAAUUUUCUUGUAGAAUUCUCCUUAACAGUAAACAAUUAGUGGUUGACUCGAUUUCAAAAAACCAAUAUUUGCCCGACUUUAAAUACAGGCUGAUCAACAUAACAUAAGAUAAUCAUUAUUUCGGAAAGUAUUAACUUCGGAAUUUAUUUUAUUCAACAUUUAGGAUACAAGCAGCUCUACAAUAUUACAUAAAUAUUAUUUUUUGGGUGAAAUCACAGCCUACUUUUAAUAGAGUUACUUAAAAAUAAUACAGAUUUAUUAUUUUAAAGCGGCUUAUUUCUUAAAAUUUCUAAAAAACAAAUUAGAAAAAAUUAAUACGUUCCGAAAUAAUAAGUGUCUUACGUUAUAUUGAUCACUCUGUAUAUAGGUAAUAUUGUAUGAAUAGUUAAAAUUGCAUAAGUCCCUACAUUUUAUAUAGUUAAUAGGUAGUAAGUACCAAUAAUUACGGUGUUUACAAUUUUUAGGUCUGAAAUAUUUAAUUUUAAAAAUGUUUAAAUCAAUAAAGUAAUUAACUUUUUAACAUUUCUAAAACAAUUGAAACAUUUAUGACAUUUUCAAACAUUACCUAAUAGAUACUAGUAGCUUUUUAACACGUUUUAAUUUGUAUUUAACAUUACAUUUUCUUAAAUAUUUGAAUUAAUGCUCAGAAUCGUAUUUCGAUAGCAAAGAUUAAUCGAUGCGUACAGGUAUACACUAAAUUCCUCUCAAUAUCCUACCUUCCUAACUUCUUACCUACAAUAGUGGCCUUCCCAUCGUGCGAAGUUUGUCCGUAAAUAUUUUUUCUUUUCCUUUUAUGUAUAAGUCUUUUCAAUACUCAAUUACCUAAUUGAGUUUUUUGUACUGUAUUAUUGAAUUUUAUGAAACGAUCGACUUGGUACCAGUGUGAAAAGAUAGUCAUCAUAAUUGAACUGUCCAAAUAAGAGUACAUAGCCACGUAGGUUCCAUACUGUAGGUACCUACAGUUAGGAUCAUAAUAAUAUACAGACAAUAAGUUUCUAAACAUAGCUAAUAGCACAUUAUUAAAAAUAGUAAAUAAUUAUUACUAGCUGUAAGUUUCUACCUAUAUGUACGAUUUGUAGUUCAGAACUAAAAGUUGUUUUUUUAUUUGAUUUCUACUACUAUAGUUUAUUAAAUGUAUUAUUUUAAAAUUUUUUUUCUUUUUUGAUACUUACAAGCCAUUAGGUCUUUUUUGCCGCUUUCACUGGUUCUCUCCAAACUUCCCCAUAUUUGUCAUCUUCAAUUCUUGUCGUUCCUAGGUUUUCCAAAUCUUUGUUCACCAACCAUUAACCAUUUUAAUAAAUACUUAUUAAUAAUAUUAUAAAAUCUGUUUUACAGAAAUAUUAUAAAUUCAGCAGUACUAUGCCAGUUAAUGUAGACAAGUCAAUAUAUCCAGGAAUCAAGAAAAUUGAUUAUACAUCUAAAUUGAAUAUUGAUGAACCUCCUAUGAACACAGUACCUAUUUUUAGAAUAUUAAAGAACAACGGAGAGAUUACUAACAAUUGUAAUUCUAUAAUUGUGAGUACAAGUUAUGAAGCACAAUAAUUAUUACCUAUUAGUUAUUCUUAUUAUAAUUGAGUACCUACCUUGUAUAGCAUUUUUUGUUUGUUUUGAAACGGCAGUAGCGGAAUAUAUAUUAUUACUACACCACUACUGUCACUAACUUAUAUAGUAGCUAGUAGGCAGGUAUAUUUUCAUAUAUUUUAUUUAUUACUAUUCCUAAAAAUAAUAUUAUGUAGAUACCAGAAAAUAAUGAAUUACUCAAAAUGUAUAAAUCUAUGGUUUUGUUAUCCAUAAUGGACAAAUUGUUGUAUGAAUCUCAAAGACAAGGAAGAAUAUCAUUUUAUAUGACAAAUGAAGGUGAAGAAGCUAUACAAAUUGGUAGUGCAGCAGGAUUAAAUUUUAAUGAUAUGGUCUAUGGUCAAUAUAGAGAAUCUGGUAUAUACAGAAUUUAAUUAAAUAAAUUAUUGUAGGAUGUAGGUAAUGAUAAUAUUAUAUUAAAAUUAAUCUUCUUUUAGGAAUCUUAUUAUAUAGAGGAUUUACCCCGGAACAAUUUAUGAAUCAAUGUUUUGGUAAUAUAGAUGAUAUUGGUAAGGGUAGACAAAUGCCUGUACACUAUGGAUCUAAAAAUCUUAAUUUUGUAACUAUUUCGUCUCCACUUACAACUCAAUUACCCCAAGGUAUAUGGUAUAAUAAAAAUAUUUUUAAAUUAAUAGGUAGUUAUUUUUAAAUAUGUAUUUUUAUUUUAAAGCCGUUGGGACGGCAUUUUCUUUUAAGCAAUUAAAAAACAAUCGCUGUACUAUUGUUUAUUUUGGUGAAGGAGCUGCAAGUGAAGGAGAUGCACAUGCUGCUUUUAAUUUUGCAUCAACACUUGAUUGUCCAAUAAUAUUUUUUUGGUAAGUAUACCCUAACAAAGCAAUACUAUUAACUGAACUCCGCUCAAAUUCGUUUUGUAUGUAGGUGUUUUUUUCCAGUAAUUUACAUACACUACAUUAUUGAGUUACGAUAAAAGAUUGUAUAUUUCGUAGAAUCAACUCGAUUGUCUAUAAAAAUUGUUUGAAUAUUAUAUUAUAAAUAAUCUAUAAAUAUUAAAAUAAAAUUAUGAAUGUACCUAAGAUUACCAUGAUGUAAAUAAUUUGCAGUAAAUUAAUAAUAUAUCUAUCUAGUGAUACGUAUAUACUCGGGAUAAGUCUUUGAUGCGAAUUUAUGUUUGAUGCACGUAAAAGUUUUUCCGGUAACUAUCUAAUAAAAAAUCAACCAUAAACCAAAGUAAAAGUUUUGGAUAAAAGAAAAAUGAACUCGAUAAAUAUUAUUGGAAGGAGUCAAAAUUGAAAGGAAUUGAAAAGAAUCGAAAAUAAAUAGCCUUGUAGUAGAUUUCAAUUCCUUCUGUACAAAUCGUCGGGAGUUGUAAUCAACGGUCACACUAGAACCAGAACCUUUUAUAAAAAAUACAAAUAUGUUAGGUUCGUUCAAGUUGUUAUCGGUUCCAUAAAAUUACAAAGAAAAUUAUUUAAUUAUAACAAUUAUUUGAUGAAAAUAAUACAUUUUAAUAAGCGUACAAUUUUAAUGUGUAUUUCUUGGAAAUAACGGGUACAGAAAUAUUUUAUCGUAUUUUCAAACAUCCUGCAAUAAUACAAUAUCCGAUAAGUGUAAAUCCCGGAUGAAAAUUUAUGGGUGCUCUGUUUAUUUAUAGUUGUACAUUUAUAAUCUGUAUUAUAACAAAAUUUAUGAUAUACACGUGCCCAACGCCAUACUGCGAAUCGUUCCCCGUCUGCAAUCAGCGGUUUUCCUAAAUUAUAAAAAAAUUAAGAUAGUUGUUUAUAGAAUUUUGAAAACACAUGACGUGACUUUUUCACCACUAGGAUCGCGCUCCAGUUUUUGAUUUUUCGUGUUCGCAGUUCAUAAUAAUAUGUAUGGAGUUUUAAUAAUUAAUUAUUAUUUUGAUAAUGUCAUCUCUAGUCUAAUUUAAUAAUAAUGCAAAUAUCGAUUUAAUUUGUAUACUAUUUAAAUGUAUAAUAAUAUUGUAUAAUAGAGUUUAAUAACAAAUGCGUUUUUAUAUUUAUAAUGGUACAGUUUCCCUGCAGAGUCUAGAUGUAGCGUUUACUCCGUUUCUCUUAGCGUCAGACGCCGUAGAUUUCAUUAUUUUAUCCCCCUCUUUUAGUUUAAUUUUACAAACUUAUGGACCCCUGUGACCGUUGUUCCUUUUGCACGUAGCUUCCACGCAAGUUCUGAAUUUUAAAUUUUUUUAAAUUAAUCAAAAUUUAAUUUUGAACAGUAUUCAUUACAGACUUGAUCUUCCUACUUCUUCAAAUAUAUUUUUUUAAAUAUUGUCCUUGAAAAAAUUAUCUCUGUGCAUUUUAUGGGAACUAUCGAAAAUAACUGUUACUUUCUGUGAGUGAAAAUCAAAGUUUCGUCUUCAGUUGAGGAAAAUGAAAAUUUGUGAUUUGCUGAUAUGUUGACGCUAAGCGUCUGGAUGUAACACUGGCCCGGACUCCGCAUCAAACGCCAGCAGGGAAACCAGUCAUACACAAAAUGCAUAAUCUAGGCGUCUCGGCGUCUGGACACUGCAGGAAACUGUACCUUAACAGAUUUUCUAAAAAAAUAAAAAAACCUGAUGAAAAAUGACGAUACAUUGGAUUUAGAUUUGUUGAUGUCUGGAUUACUUUGAUUAAAUUGGAAAAAGACACGACUAAUACAGAUUACAUUUUUGAUAUCAUUUUUAGUGUGAUGCAUAACAGUAAUGUUAGAAAAGCUUCUUUCGUAGAAUCUGAACCUUUUGAAAAUGGGGAUGGCUAUUACCUAUUUGAAAAUCAAAAAUUGAUAUGUAUUUAUGAUGUAAGGCUAAAAUAUUUAAAAUAGGAUAAGUAAUUAGUACAAUUUAACGGUUUUAUAAUGACUGAAAAAACCAAAAUUAAUUGUAUUCAAAAUCUUUGUAGUUAUAACUUAUAAUUGUUGGUUCAUAAAAAAAAAAAAAAAAUACCCGUGUGUUUUACCAUAAUUAAUGUUACUUACUUUUAUGUUUAUAUAGUCGUAAUAAUGGAUAUGCUAUAUCAACACCAGCUCAUGAACAAUAUCGAGGAGAUGGUAUUGUGAGUCAUGGUUCAGGUUACGGAAUAGCUACUAUACGUGUUGAUGGUAAUGAUAUUAUUGCUGUAUAUAAUGCGAUUUUAAAAGCUCGAGAGUAUGUAAUGAAUAACACAAGACCAUUAAUAUUAGAAGCAAUGACUUACAGGUUAUUCAUUUUUUUUAAUGAUAUUUAACUACCUACGUUAAACCGUUAAACAAACAUAAACCAUUAUCGUAAAAGUAUAAAAAUUAAUUAGGCUGGGGCACCACAGUACUUCUGAUGAUAGUACUGCGUAUAGAUCUAAAGAUGAAAUUAAAAAUUGGUCAAACGAGAGUCCAAUUAAAAGACUUAAACAAUUUUUAAAGACAAAAGAUCUCUGGAAUGAUCAACUUGAUUCCGAAUACACGAAAGAAACCAAAAAACAAGUAAAUAAUACUUAUAUAAUUUAUUUUAUUUAUAUAUUCAACUUACAUACAUUAAUAACUAUAUUCUUUAAUAAUUUUGAAAUAUUUGAUAUUAGUUAAUGCAAACAUUUACAAUUGCAUCCAAAAAAAAUAAACCAAAUUGGAAAGAAAUGUUUAAUGAUGUUUAUUACGAAAUUCCAGAGCAUCUAUUGUAAGUAUAAAUACGGAACAUAAUGUUAUUUUGUUAUUCAUCGGCAGGUUUAAGAAGUGAAAAGUAUGUAUAGUAUACAUAAAAUCCAAAUUAUUAACCAAGAUAAAAUAUUAUUUUUAUAACAUAUUAUCAUUACAUACUAUCUGUACAUACCCAUUAGUUGGUUCGUAUUUUUAAAAUAACUGUCAUAUAUUAUUUAAUCCCAGAUAAAGUUUAUAAUUUAUAUAAUUAUAUCUCUAUUAUUUGCAUUCACACACAUUUUGUUUCAUUUUAUUUCAAAUUGUGCAUCCAUGCAUAUAUUUAAUAAUGAAAUUGUUUGAGUAAAUUUGUACAUACAAUGUAAUGUACAUAUAAAGGUAAUAAACUUAUUAACCUAUUUUAAUUAGAUAAAUAUUUAAAUAUAUAUAUUUUUUUAAAAAAUUAAAAUGUAUAAAAUUGAUUUUUAAAUUUAAAAAUAUCCAUUUUAUAUUUUAUAUAAAGUUAACACGAAUCUAUUCUAAUGUUGUUCUCUCUUCUUGAAUAAAUGUCUGGAUACGCAACUGUCUGUUUUUUUAAAAUUGUAUGUAGAUAUUUUGACUAAUAAAUAAGAUUUCUAACCCCUUUAACUUGUGUGAAAUUAAAAAAUAUUAUAUUGUAAUAAUAUAACUGGGUUUUUAGCUGGUUGUAGUAUUGGUAGAAAUAUUAUACAUUUUACCCACGAAGAUUUAUUUAAUUUCUUAUGUGGUAAAGGUGCAAUGAAGCUUUCCUAGCUAAAAUCAAAAAAUAUUUUACUUUACAAAAUUCGUAAAAAAACAACAACCAAAAAAGGAGUUUUGAAUAUGAAAGUGAAAUUGUAUCCAAAAUACAAGAUUUUUCAAAAAUGUUUUCUCAAAUGGUCUCUAUGCAAUGGGACACAAUAUGUGUUUACUGUUUUUAAAGUGUGACUCUGUCAUUAAUACCCUGAAUUAGGGUUUGAUUUAAAAACUGAUAACAGAUUUGGAUUCAGCACCCUUAAUGCAUGCAGUUGAUUCUUUUUACGAGUUAGAUUUAUUAGUUCAAAAGACACCCAUGGAGGAAAUUUAGACUUUCUGUAGGUGACUUUAGGAAUGAAACACAAUAUGGAGUUAUGUAAGGCAUCCAUAAUAUACCUAAUGUAUUAAUUUGUAUAAGAAAUACAUCUGUGACAUACUGUUUUUCUUUAACUAUAUGGCUGUCCAUAAGGUUUGCGAGGCAACGGGUGAAAUUUUAAAUAUUUUCAUAUUUUCUUGUUUUAACGUGACAUCACAAAUCUAAGUUUAAUGCAUUUGACCCUGCUCCCCUCAAGGAUGGCAUUGGGUUGCACAUCUUUCCGGCCCCGUGGAAUGACACGACAACAUUUAUUGUUGCAAUUACUCUUGCAAUUAUAAUUGCAAAAGGCACAUGGUAUUCACUAUUCUUGAAGACCCGCAACACAACUAUUUAUCAUUAGUUUAUUUAACUACAUUAUCUAAGUUUACCAGUUUUGCUUCACUAUUAUUGUUAAACUAGUUGUCCCGCUAGCUUUUCCGGGCCAUAUUUUUGUUAAAUUAAAUUAUUUAGUCUACAAAUUUAGCUGUAAUAUCAGUGACUAUGUUCACGACUUCACCCCUAUGCAGUUUAUAUGCCUGUACAGUGAAGUGUGUUUAUUUACCUAUUUUUCUCUAAAUUAGUGGCUUUCGUUUCUUAUCGCAAAGCUUUUCGGUUCUGAGACAAGUCUAAUAAUAUUGUUGAAAUAUAAUAAUUUGUGUUGAUAUUUUAUUAAGUACAACUUAUAAUGUGACUUAUGUUUAAUUUUUAAGCAUUUCUCUUGAGUCGUAUAAUUUUAAUAACAGAUUUAAAAAUGCCGUGAUUUUUAUGAUUUUCGUAAAACAUUUUGGAGUAACAUUUUUGGUAGAAAAGUUGUUCACAGACCAGUAAAACCAAUAUAUCACUCGCUAUGCUCCGAAUCUAAAAAAAAAUAAAAAUCAUUGUUAAACCAACACAUUCCUCACUAUGCCCAGAACACACAUAUAUCAUACUUAAAACAUACACACAUACAUGUUAAGUAAAAUUAAUCAGAAUUAUUUUUUACAUUUUACAGAACUCAAAUGAACUCAUUGGAAGAUCAUUUAUCGAAAUAUUCUGAUCAUUAUCCUAAAGAUUGUGGAGUAUAAACAUUUUUUUGUUUACAUCAAAUUAAUUUUUUUAUAA